UCGGGAUUCCGAAACGUAAUACGACGCACUGCGUUGGUUGGACGAAAACUGUGCGAUGUUGUGUGCGUGUGCGCAUGGCUGCGUUGUGUGCGAGAGAAACCGAGGAAGUGUAAAUAAGAAUAAUAUACAUAUUUAACGAAAACGCCGAUGUGGCUGUCGAAGUAAAAAUUUUUAUUUCCAAGAAACUCUCGUUCCCAGUUUUGUAAUCCACUACCGCAACGUAGCCUCAUCUGUAAACAAUUCGUGUUCAACUUUCCAAUUACGUUGUCGAGGUUAUAGUUAAAAAAGCGUAUAAAAUAUUGUUCGAAACGUAGUUUUGCGCCGGAUUAUCAACCUGUCGCUAUUCAACCUCCCGACGAUAUUUCUGUGCAGUUCGCAAGAUGUUCUUUCACUGCUAUUCUAAUGCCAGAAGACAGGGACCGGACCGUCAUCUGUUUAACCAUUUCGCAUAUUAGACCUAACAAUCAUUUAAAAUAUUUUGUAAUUACCUAGCGGUAAUUGUUUGAUAAAAGUCACGUCACACGUUGCGUCAAUCGGCAUCGGAUAAAAUGUCCGGCUGAAACAGAUAGCACCGCAUCUGGCACCAAACUCAUGUGGAUUUGAACCAUCUCUGAUACGUCUGUUAAUUAUCUGGUAAAUUUCACCGCUCAUCAUGAACGGCUUUAGCACCGGGGAAGAAGACUCGAGGGGAGCCGCGGAUCAAAUUUGUUGCCUGGUGGACGAGGGAGAGAGAUGUACUCGUCCUACCAGCAACGCCUCGUACAGUAAGAGAAUACAGAAAACCGUCACUCAGAAACGUCUCAAGCUCAAUCUUGACCACAUGGCCCGUCACAUAUACAUCUGCGAAUAUCAUAAGCAAGUUAUACUCUGCGCCAGGUCCAAGCAACAGCAACAGCAGCAACGCAGGCGAAAGGAGUCCGAAGAGGAUUCGGGUGAAACUGAUAACGAUCUGCCAGAAGCUGACCUUUUUCAGCUUCAAGUCGGAACUUUGCGCCGUUACAAACGUCACUACAAAAUCUCAACACGACCUGGACUGAACAAAGCUCAACUAGCAGAUACGCUCAUGAAACAUUUCAAGACAAUUCCUGUCGUGGAAAAAGAAGCUCUCACAUUCUUCAUAUUCACUGUUAAGACUAAUGCUAACAAGUUAGAUCAGAAGAAUGGAUUGACCAGUGAACCUACGUAACAUGGACUUGUCACUCGGUGUCCUCUACACUUACAUUGGAAAUCGUAUGGCAAGGUAUAUCGAAUAGAUUGCUUUCGACACAAAACUAAGAUAGAUUGAUAGCCCUAGAAACAUUAUGAAAAUAUUUAAAUCUAAAUGUGAUAUUUAUUUUCCCUCAAUUCUUAUGAUUGAGAUUAUUAUAUUAUAUAUCAAUGUAUUUUUAAUUUAUUUCUAAGAAUAUAAAUAUCCACUUUUCAAACUAAGUAAAAAAAAUUCGUUAUACGGAAUAAUAAUUUAUCCACUUCAAUUCUAUACAAUUGAGCUGAUUUCGAAAUUAAUUUUUUUUGUAAAUUAUACAUGAAUUGAACGUAUCCAUAUAUGGAACUAAAAAAAAUGGUUUACUUUUCAAAACCGUUCUUCACAACGGAAUAUCGUGCUUCUGCCUUUUUUUUUCCAAACAUCAAUUCGAUUUACUUGAACAAUUCAGUGUAAAUUCUCUCAGGGAAUAAAUCAACUAACGCGAAGUGCAAUAGUAUCGAC